AUACAUGAUUAUACAUAUAUUAUUUAUGAAUUAUACAUAUAUUAUACGGUCAGCUAUCUUUAAUUUAAAUGGUAAAUUGCUAGGCGAUUAUUACACAUUAUACAUAUGUUCUAUUUUUAAUUUAAGUGGUAAUUGGUAGGCGACUAUUGUCGACUAUUUGAGUUGAUUCUUCUUUCAAUUUUGGGAUUUGUAUAAGACGUGCUUAGCUUUUUGCUAAAAUGCAGGGUAAGGUUGCGUAUAAUAGACCUUCCUAUGCAUAGCGGGAGCUUAGUGCAUUGGAGUGUCCUUUUUUAUAACACAUGCUUAACUUCUUGCUAAAAUGCAAGGUAAAACUGCGUAUAAUAGUCCCUUUUGGUCCUGCCUUUUUCCGAAUCCCGCGUAUAGCGGGAGCUUAGUGCACUGCCUUUUUUAUAAGACGUGCUUAAGGGGUAACCUAAUUUAUAGAAAAGACCAAAGUCAAAGGUAUCCAUUGAUGCUAAACCUUAAAUUACCUCUCACGUAUCCCUUUAAACUCUACAAAGAAUCUCCUCCACACUUUUCCCUUUAAUUUCCUAAAGAAACAUAAUCCCCUCUUUCUAUUUACAGUAUAAUAUGCCAAAACCAACUAUUGUAAUAAUAACUACUUUAUCCUUUCCAAAAAUAUGGAAUUCAUUGGCUCUAGUUCCACCCCUUCUGAUCACCACCACCACCACCGUCCGCGGCGCCGCUUAACGCCAACUCAACCCCUCGCCGACAGAAUAUUCCGAGCUCUCAGCCACCACCUCUGCCUCCUCCACCGUUGCGACGCCACUUUUUUCGUCUUAGGUGCCACGUGUAAUGUCUACACCGUAACUCUCUCCACCACCCCUUCAUGCAGCUGUCCUGAUCGUACCACCCCUUGCAAACACAUAUUGUUUGUGCUUAUUAGGGUAUUGGGUGUAUCCAUAGAUGACACGUGUCUCUACAGAAGGACACUUCGGCCAUGUCAGCUUCAACGUCUUCUUAACUUACCUAUUUCAACUGAAGCAUUAGCAACCGAAAAAAUACGUGGAAUGUUUCAUCGUCUAUUUUCUCAAGAAAAGCGCCAGAGGACUUCGCCCAUACAAAUAAAGGUCGAAAAUGGGGCCACGUGUCCGGUGUGUUUGGAAGAAAUGAACGAAGAAGAAGGAGUUGCUGUUUGUGGGACAUGUAAAAACCCUAUACAUGAAAAAUGUUUAAUGGCAUGGAAAAAAAGUAGUAGAAAAAGAUUUAUUAGUUGUGUGCUUUGUCGUGCAAGGUGGAGAGAUAUUAGGGCUGAAGAAGGAGAGAAAUAUUUGAAUUUAUCUGCAUAUAUUAGUGGGGGAAAUGAAAUAUUGGAGGAAAAUCAAAGCCGUUGUAGGGAUUAAUUAAUUAUUAGUGUAGCUUUUACAAUUUAAUUAUUAUUUUCGUAGUUUUUAUUGGUAAUGUACUAAUUUAUUUACUUAUUUAAAUUUGUUGGAUAGGAUGUGAUUACUAAUGUAUAUAACUGCAAAUGAAUUUCAAGUAUUUGGGUACGUAAGAAAGUACAAAUCUUGAUCA